UAAAGACGAUAAAAAUAGCAGCAAGACUGGUGCACUGCUCCUUCAACAUGCUCACGUACAGGUGAAGGGUUUUAUCAGACAAGAAAUUUAUUGGACAUUUGAGCCAAAUGCAAGAUGUCAGAUGGUCAAUGCAUCAACGCAUAUGUAGCUGUUUCUCUGACGUCUAUAGCACUGCUGAUAUCUGUGUGUUUAAAUGUUACACUCUAUUUAUUAAGAAGAAAGGAAAGACGCAAUGCAGCAAACAGAGACAUAUUUGAAUAUGGAGAGGAGCCAUACCAUCGAAAUUCAAUGCAGUCAGACGGGUUUGAGGAUGAGAUGGAAAGACAAGAAAAUCCAAUUUAUGGGAAUAUAUGUUUAGAUGGAGAAGGAACUUUCGGAAUUUCUGAAAAUGUGUGCUAUGAACAAAUGUCACAUGCAAGCACAGCAAAGCGGGUUUUAAAGGUCCAGCAGGGAGAUGUGUCUUAUGCCUCUUUGGAUUUGACUGCCAAUAAAAAGCGUAGGAAGAAGAGAAAAUACCAAAAACAUGGUCAGACUCACCAGGCCCAAACAUGUUCGCAACCUUCUGCCCAACAGAACUUCCAGGACCAGGACACCGAGGCUGAAGUCACCCUCCCAUCCCGGACGAGCAGUCUCAUGGUAUCCCGCCAUAGUAUCUACCUCAACAGCCAUCAAGUAGCCCUGGAGGCAGAAGAGAGGGAGAGACAGAGGGAAAAAGAAAACGAAAGAGAACAGGACAGAGAUGACAAUGGCGAGAAAGUGAGCAGAAAUUUGCAUGAAGGCUUUGAUCACUUACUCGGUAGAUCAAGACAAAGUCUAGAACAGAAUAGUUUACAGUUUUGAGUGAACAAAAAAAUUAUCUAAAAAAGAAUCACAGCAUACUGUGGGACAGAACUGGAAACAACUCAGUAUUUACAAGCGAAAGAACUUACCGUUGCCGUAUAGCACGGGUCACAGGCCUGCGUGUGUUGACAAGUGAAAAACUUCUCAUGUCUUUGCAAAAGUAUGAAGUGGAAAUCAACAUCUCUUCUGAGGUUGUGUCAAAUAGGAAGUUUCCUUCAAUUUGCUUUCUUUUUUCUUGCAUUUGAAGACUAUACAUUUACAAAGAAAAAUAUGUUAACAGAUAUUUAUCUUCUUGUUUCUUUAAGACAAAAAUAAAUUGUUUGUGCAAAAGAAUAUUUAUGAAUAUCCAGGUCAUUUGGUGUAACGAUGUACUAUGAAAAUAAGAUGUUUUAUAACUUAUAAUAUGUUAUUUUAUAGAUUUUUAAUUUGAUUACAUGUUAAUUGUCUGAACUACCUGUCGAGCAUGUGGCGAAUCACAGCAGUGCUGAUAUAGGGCCAUACAGACACUCUUGCUUA